UUUUUUUUUUAACAUAUCGAAUAUUAUUAUUAAUGACGCCUCAACCUAUCACUAUUGAAGAUAUCCAAGCUGCUGCUGCACGUAUUCAUGUUCAUCGGACUCCUGUUAUGACCUCUUCGCUUUUGGACUUAUUUGCAUCCGAUAACUGUCAAUGGCCAAUAGAGUUAUAUUUCAAAUGUGAACCACUUCAAAAGACUGGAUCAUUCAAAAUACGAGGAGCUACCAAUGCAGUCAAUCUAUUAUCAAAUAAUGAAGCAGCGAAAGGUGUUGUCACUCAUUCUUCUGGGAAUCAUGCUCAAGCUUUAGCAAAAGCGGCUUUGGAUCGUGGAAUACCAGCUUAUGUAGUUAUGCCAAAUAAUGCACCUCAAGUCAAAAAAGAUGCUGUACGGGGUUAUGGUGGAAAAGUGAUAGAAUGUGAACCUACUUUGGAAGCGCGUGAAACAAUGGCAAAAAAGGUGAUACAAGAUACAGGCGCCACAUUUAUUCAUCCAUUCAAUAAUGUCAAUGUCAUGGCAGGACAAGGUACACUUGCUUUGGAAUUCAUAGCUCAAACAAAUGAAGAAGGAACGAAAUUAGACUGUCUGAUUGCACCCGUAGGUGGAGGUGGUAUGUUAUCAGGAUGUGCAGUGACGGCCAAAACGAUUGGUUCCAAUCUCGCUGUCUUUGGUGCUGAACCUGAAAUGGUCAAUGAUACAUAUCGUUCUUUUUAUGCCAACAACAAUGAUGAAGAUGAGUUAGUCCUUACCACCAAUGAUGAUAUAAAAAAACGACGACGACAUCAACGACAAUGUAAUCAAGUUGGAGCAACUUCUGUAGCUGAUGGAUUAUUGACCAAUGUGGGUGAAUUGACCUAUCCUAUACUAGUGGAUCAUGUAGAUGAUAUCUUUACAGUGACAGAACAACAAAUCAUUCAAGCCAUGCAGCUUUUUUGGAGUCGUGCGAAACUAUGUAUUGAACCUAGUGCCGCAGUUGGUCUUGCUGUGGCUCUUUACAAUAAAGAUUUCCACAAAUUGGUCAAGGAAAAACAAUUGAAACGGAUUGGUAUUGUCUUAAGUGGUGGGAAUGUAGAUUAUAGUCGAGCUAUCGCUCUCUUUGAAAAGUAUGCAUUAUAGGACAGAUCUGUAGAUUAUAAUAUAUUUAUGAAUAAAAAUUAUCUGUAUUUCUUUUU